GUCUCUGUGAACUUCAGUACCUUUCUUGUAAUAGGAAAGACAUCUCCAGUCACCUAUCAGGUCUUAGGACAUCUUAAAACAUGCCUAGUUUUGGCGUUCGGCUAUGGUCUGCUCCAUGACCCCUUUAGCUGGCGAAACAUUCUAGGAAUUCUCUUCGCUUUGGUUGGGAUGAUACUCUAUUCCUAUUGCUGUACACUUGAGAGCCAACAAAAGGCCAACGAAGCAUCUGUACAGCUGUCCCAGGCAAAGGAGAGUGAAUCUGAACCUCUAAUGAGCGUGGAAAACGGAGCUAGUGUCUUAGCUGACAGCGUUGUUUCAAAAAGCCCUGCAUGGAGUUCAAACAAGGACCUGCGUGCAUGAAGCUUCUUCAAUCUUUAUUUAUUAAUUUUACCCUAGUUCAAAAUUGAUCGACAACUAUUCCAGCGAUGAAGAUGUCGCUUCUAGGAUCUCCAUGUAUUGUAUGACACAGGGCUGGCUUGGCCUUUUUGAGGAGAUGAAAAAUUCUGUUCUAGUGUUUACUAGAAUUAAAAGGAAAUGUUUUUGGUUUUUUUGUUGUAGCAGUUUUGUUUAUUAUUAUCUUUGUAAGAGUUAGGUGUGCCAAUAGAAUGGGUAUUUGCAGAUGGCUAUUGUUGUUCCCGAAUACAUGUAACAGUCUCCCCUUUUAACUGCAAUUUAUGUCAAGAUUGAUUUUUCUGUUAAGAAAAUUAAGACAAUACCAUCUUGAAGAUCAAGCUA